CACACGCCGUGUUUCGCUAGCUGCUCCCGCUUGACUGAACAAACGGCUCAAAGACGCGAAGGGGGCGCUAUGCCGCCGGAGUCCGCCCAACGACGGGCCUCGUCCACGUGCUCCACCUCCCCGAGGCGGAGCAUUGGAUGCAUGGCCGGCCUACUCCGCCUCAUCUCCCCGUACCACCGCAGCCACCACCGGAAGCGCCUCACAGCCAAGCAGAACGCCACGCAGGCUUCGGCGCCGCCACCGUCCUCGCUGCCCAAGAAGGAGGAGGCAAACUCGCCUUCGCCUUCUACAGUGAAGCCGACGCAGGAGCCGAGUGCGGUCCGACGGCGGCGCUCCUGCGACGCGCCGCGGAGCCCGACGAUCGCGCCGGAGCACCGGCGCGCCAGCUGCGACAGCCCUCGGCGGCCAGCCAUCGUGGCGCGCCUGAUGGGCCUGGAGGAGUCCGCACCGCCUUCGCCUACCGCGGCGGCGCCGCGGCCAGUCCCGACCCGUCCGCCUCCUCCCCCACCACCGGAGACGGCCGCGGAGAAGCGGCGGAAGCUUCUGGGCGCGCUGGAGAAGUGCGACGAGGAUCUCAAGACGCUGCGGCGGAUCAUCGCUGCCGUCCGCACCGCCGAGAUGCGCGCGGCCGCGGCGUCCGACGUCGUCCCGAUGGCAGGGACGCCACCAGGCAAGAGCGCCAAGUGGAUGGUCGGCCGCGACAAACAAUCGCCGUCCCCGUCGCCGCCGAUGCCGCAGCACAAGCCGCGCGCCGAGGAGCAGUUCCCCAGCCCGGACUCGGUGCUGGACGCCAUCAGCUCCCCGAGAUUCCCAUGCAGGAAGCGGCCGUCUCCCUGCACGGAUCUCGAUGCGGGUAGCAAGGCCGGCUGCGGUAACGGCGCCGUGGCCCCCACCGUCGGAUCGAAGAUCGUGAAGCCCUCCCGCACCCUUGUUUUCUCCGGCAACUACUGCAAGGUCAAAGCAGGCGACGAGUUGCAGCUGCACGCGGUCGUCGGCGCGCACCAUCCCCCGGUGCCGCCGGUGGUGGCCAUCGAGGCGUGCACACUACCCGCGCGGCUGCCGAGGGCGGCCGGGGCGGAGAGCUGGCGGCACCACCGGCGGCGUUGGGAGCUGCAGGCCGCCGCCGCGGGGCGGGUCAUCAGCCGAGCGAUGGUGGAGAGCGUGGGGGAGUUGUGGGGGCAGCAGGGCGCCAGCAAGCAGCGACGGGAGGGUGGCAUGGUCGCGGCCGCGCUGGAGCGCGCCAUCGUGCAGGACCUGGUGGCCGACAUCGUGGCCGAGCUGCUCGCGCUGUCCGGCCACGGCCACGGCACCGGGUGCAGGAAGAGAUUGUGCUUCUGAUGAUCGAGCGGGACUUUCGCGUCGUCUCCUGGGUUUCCUCGCGUGCGUCGCGUGUCGAUAGAUGUAGGACUGUGCGCUUUGGCAGGUCGAGAACUCGAGAUGUGAGGUGUGAAGUACGAGAGGAAUUUAGUCAAUUUACUGCUGCUGCACCAUGGAUGUCAGUCGAUCGCUAGCCCAGGCCAGCUACCCCCACCUGAUAAAGCGAUCGGUGAUCGUAGAUGCAUUAAAAGAAGCGAUUCGCCAUGGCUUCGUUGUAGGUGAGAGUGACGAAUAAAAGUGAUGGCAAGCAGCUGCCCAAGUACGCAAACAAGGUCUUGGUUUAGUGAGUUUCACUCUGAUCUGAAGACUGGCCGGGGCUAAGUCGAGUAGCAAUUGAUGCCGAAACCGGCACCACUGUGAAAGCUUGAUGGCAGCUCUCCAGUAGUCUUCUCUGGAUUUCGCGAAUUUUAGAGGGAACCAUGCCGCUUUUUUGCUUGAAUUUUGUUUUGAAUUACAUUACUUUCUGAUUGAAGUCUGAAAUUUGGAGGACAGAGUGCGAGAUGGACAAGAACGAGGAAUGCUUGGAAGUUAGUGCGCACGCUGGCGCUCCUGCUAGGCCAUCUCCUCUGUGCCUGUAGGCUGUAGGCAUGCUGGCUUGACGCUGUUUGGCAAUAACUUUGCACGCUGUCCGACGAUUCAGGGACCAUUUUUUUUUUUACCGUGACUUUGCCGCCAAAAACAACUAUCGGUAGUAGGGAGUACGCUAUGAAUCUAUGAUAGAGAGGAAUCGGCCAAACACUGUCCAGUCAUCGCUGAACAGUUCCUGUAGAACUGAUACCAUAUGGUUUAAAAAACGUGGAACUGCCAAGUGAUGCUGCUGUUCUUUCGGUUAUGUAUACGUGGAUCAAAUGAUUGUCGCAGCAAAGAAGAGGAGAAGACGGUUGUCAAGUGUGUAGGCUUGCAACU